AGCUAGGCUAGAAUUUCAGAGAUUUUCAUGAAUGGUUGCCAGUCUGCCUCCGUCUCGUGUAGUGAAUGUGUGCACUGUCACCAUCUCCGGCUCGCGCUCUAAGUCAACUCUCCUUUUCGGCUAUCUUUCUCCGUACUCAUGACGUCACCGGAGUACAGACUAGAGUACUUUAACCUGAGGGGGCGCGCUGAGCCCAUCCGCUGGGUGCUGGCGGUGGCAGAGCAGCCCUACCAGGACGUCAGGUUCGACAAGGAGACCGAGUGGCCGAAGAAGAAAUCAGAUACGCCGUACGGGAAAGUGCCUGUCCUCUAUGUCGAUGGUCGUCCGCUGAGCCAGUCUGUGGCCAUCUGCCGCUACUUAGGCGCAGUUCACGGCUUGUCCUCCAAGGACCCAUGGUUGGCCGCCGUUGGGGAUGAGGUGGCCGACAGCGUGCAUGACCUUCUCCCUGUAGCAGCGCAGAUCGUCUAUGCCAAUACCUUCUUCUGUGGUGACGAGUUGACGUGGGUGGACGUGUUCGUAGCCUGCUACCUGAGUCAGCUGAGCAGCCAGCACAAGGACUGUCUGGACGCCGCACCUAAAGUUCGGGAUCUCAUAUCGACCGUGACGUCUAAACCGGCGCUCAAAAAGUGGCUUGAAGUGCGGCCAGUGACUCCCAUGUAAAUACUCUAGACGCAUAAAACUUCGUUCUUGUAGUG